AAAGCAGCAUCAGCAUAUCUGGUUGUUGCGUCUCCGGUUGUAAGAAUCGUUAUUCCACCGAUGGACUAAAGUUUUUUUGUUUUUUUGUUUGUUUUUCAGAGCAACCGGAGGCGUCUGUGGCUGCAGGCGGUCAAACGAGACGACUGGAAUGAAAACAAAAUAAAAAAUGCUCGAGUCUGCAGCGCCCACUUUAUAUCAGAUACAGGCCGGGGGACAACUGCAGGAGGAUGGACCUCAGACGGAACUUUAGUUUGAAAAUCAAAGAGGAAGUUGUUUUAAAGGAGGAGGAGGACUCAGACUGUCAGAUUCAUCAAGCUUUACCUUCAGAUGUCCAGAAAGUGAUCAUUGGUGAAGAACAGCAGCAGGAGAGGAGCUCCACUCUGGACCAGGACCAGGAGGACCCAGAGCCCCCACACAUUAAAGAGGAACAGGAGGAACCUUGGAGCAGUCAGGAGGGAGAGCAGCUUCUUCCUGUCCCUGUGAAGAGUGAAGAAGAUGAAGAGAAACCUCAGUCCUCACAACAGAAUACUGACUUUAAGGCAUCAGGCUCUUCUGAGACUGAGGUCAGUGAUGGUGACUGGGAGGAGACCAGAGAACCUCAAUCAGGUUCAGAGUCUCAGAAAAACAAUGAAGUCGCUGCUGGUGACUCCGGUGAGCGAUCAUAUAACUGCUCUGAGUGCGGUCAAAGAUUUCACCUCAAGGCAAAUCUGAAAAGACACAUGAUAACUCACACAGGAGAGAAACCUUUCAGCUGCUCCGUUUGUAAGAAAACUUUUGCAUGGAGAGGACGACUACAGAAUCACAUCAGAAUCCACACGGGAGAGAGACCUUUCAGCUGCUCCGUGUGUGGAAAAGCUUUCAUUGAAAGUGGAAAUCUGAAGAGACACAUGAGAGUCCACACAGGGGAGAAACCAUUCAGCUGCAGCAUGUGUGACCAAAGAUUCACAUGGUACGAUCAGCUGAAAAACCACCAGUGUGCUGGUCUGCUUCAUCAAAGACAAAUGGAAGCAGAAGCUGAUGGAGACACUGAUGAAAAGGCUGGAGAUGACAAUGGUGAUUUGAAGGAGACCAGAGAACCUCAGUCAGGUUCAAACGCUUUGAAAAAGCAUAAUAAAUGUAGUACUAAAGAGAAACCAUUUAGCUGCUCCGAGUGUGGAAAAAGAUUUGGCCGAAGGACAACUCUGCGUGAACACAUGACGACUCACACGGGAGAGAAACCGUUCAGCUGCUCCAUGUGCGGCAAAAGAUUUAGAAGGAACAGAGUUUUGCUGUUACAUAUUAAAACUCACACGGGGGAGAAACCCUUUAGUUGUUCAUUUUGUGGUAAAAACUUUACAGAAAAAGCUACCAUGAUGCACCACAUGAGAAUCCACACCGGGGAGAAACCGUUCAGCUGCAGCGUAUGCGACAAAAGAUUUGCCUGGCGUUCCCAGGUAAAAACCCACAAGUGUGUUGAUCAGAGUCAGACUGAGAACAGAGAGACAGAGCCUCCAGCCAGCUGCUCCACUGGACACAUGGAAACAGAAGCUAGCGGAGAGGACUGUGGAGGACCAGGACUAGACAGGAACUGUGAACCAGAUCCACAUAUAGAAUCAGAUACUGAUGAGAAGACUGGAGACUCUUUUGUAGCCGAGAUUGAAGUUAGUUGUGAUGAUUGGGAGGAGACCAGGUGAUGUUACUUGCUUGCUGACAGAUCUAAAAAUUUUUUAAUUUAAUUCAUCCUUGAGCAAGGUAAUACAGUCAUGGAAAAAUGAUUAGACCACCCUUGUUUUCUUCAGUUUCCUUGUUCAAUGCCUGGUACAACUAAAGGUACAUUUGGGCAAA